AUCCAUUCAUCGGCUAUUGACAGCCUCUCCCUUUCCCGGUGCUGCUGCUGCUGAAGGAGCUCUCUCUAGCGCUGCCAGUGGACAAUCAGACCCACGCACCCUCCUGCUUUCACUCGCCUUCUUUCUUUUUUUUUUUUUUUUUUUUUUAAACAAUUCUUACUUCAGCUGUAAAUUUACCCAGCCAGACGAAGCGUCUCAGCACGAAAUCUCAACGCGACGGCUCGUGAUAUAGCAAGCGGUAAAUAAAAAAUAUUAGAUUUUUUUAAAAAGCAUUCUGAAAUACAACAUGGAGUCGCCUCCUGAUCCGACGAGCGAGCCGGGUAAGAGCGCCUCCGAGGCGGCGAGCGCGGUCAGGGAGAGCCCGCUGAACCUGGACGCUCUGCGGAAAGCCGAGCACCAAGCGCCGGUGCGCAGACACAGCUGUUCCAGCACCAACAGAGGUAUUUCAGUAACAAAGAAGACGCAUACUUCUCAAAUUGAAAUUAUUCCCUGCAAGAUCUGUGGAGACAAAUCAUCAGGCAUCCAUUACGGUGUGAUAACAUGUGAGGGCUGUAAGGGUUUCUUCAGGAGGAGUCAGCAGAGCAAUGCGGCAUAUUCGUGCCCACGUCAAAAGAACUGCCUGAUCGACCGUACCAGCCGAAACCGCUGCCAGCACUGCAGGCUGCAGAAGUGUCUGGCCGUUGGCAUGUCACGGGACGCUGUGAAGUUCGGGCGCAUGUCAAAGAAGCAGCGGGACAGCCUGUAUGCUGAGGUGCAGAAGCACCGUCUCCAGCAGCAACAGAGAGAGCAGCAGCAGCAGCCCGGCGAAGCCGAGCCACUUACACCCACCUACGGGCUUUCAGCAAACGGCCUCACCGAGCUGCAUGACGAGCUGACCGGCUACAUGGACGGCCACACGACCGAAGGCACCAAGCCUGACUCGGGCGUCAGCAGCUUCUACCUGGACAUCCAGCCCUCGCCCGAUCAGUCCGGCCUGGACAUUAACGGCAUCAAGCCAGAGCCCAUAUGUGACUUCACGCCAGCCUCAGGCUUCUUCCCAUACUGCUCCUUUAGCAACGGCGAGACCUCCCCCACUGUCUCCAUGGCCGAGCUAGAGCAUCUGGCCCAGAAUAUCUCCAAGUCCCACAUGGAGACAUGUCAGUAUCUGAGAGAAGAGCUACAGCAGAUGACCUGGCAGGCCUUCCUGCAGGAGGAGAUGGAAAGCUACCAGAACAAGCCCAGAGAAGUCAUGUGGCAGUUGUGUGCCAUUAAAAUCACAGAGGCCAUCCAGUACGUGGUGGAGUUUGCCAAGCGUAUCGAUGGCUUUAUGGAGCUCUGUCAGAAUGAUCAGAUUGUGCUGCUCAAAGCAGGUUCUUUGGAGGUGGUGUUUGUCAGAAUGUGUCGUGCCUUUGACCCUCAAAACAACACAGUCUUUUUUGACGGAAAAUAUGCCGGCCCUGAUGUGUUUAAAUCAUUAGGUUGUGAUGACUUGAUCAGCUCCAUCUUUGAGUUUGGGAAAAACUUGUGUUCUAUGCACCUGUCUGAGGAUGAGCUCGCCCUGUUCUCAGCGUUUGUGUUGAUGUCUGCAGACCGUUCAUGGCUCCAAGAGAAAGUGAAGGUGGAGAAGCUACAGCAGAAGAUCCAGCUGGCCCUUCAGCACGUCCUGCAGAAGAAUCACAGAGAGGAUGGCAUACUAACAAAGUUAAUAUGCAAAGUGUCGACCCUGCGGGCGCUGUGCAGCAGGCAUACAGAGAAGCUGACCGCUUUCAAAGCAAUAUACCCGGACAUUGUACGUACCCACUUCCCGCCCUUGUACAAGGAGCUCUUCGGAUCAGACUUUGAGCAGUCCAUGCCUGUGGACGGGUAGCGGCCCCUUCGUCCGCCCCACUCUGAGGGGCCACAAACACCGUGGGGAAUGUCGAGCAUGAAUCUAAGACACUUUACCAGUGCCCUGCACAUACACACCUACACACACAGACACACACACACACACACAGAUGCACACACACACACACGACACAAACACAAAACAGGACAGCUAACCUGCUGCACACACUUUUAUUUUCCUUUGGGGGGAACAGCAAGAUGACUUUUAUUUGGAGGGUUGAUUUUGCGAGGUUUAUUCCCUCCUUUUUUGACACAAGUGGGAUUGGGAGGGCCCAAGGGGAAGGAUGAGGAGAUGGGGAUGCUUGUUUUCUCUCUCUCUCUCUCUCUCUCUCUCUCUCUCUCUCUGUCUCUCUGUCUUUCUCUCUCUCUCUCUCUCUCUCUCUCUCUCUCUCUCUCUCUCUCUCUCUCUCUCUGUCUUUCUCACUCUCUCUCCGACUCAAUCUGAAGCACUCAUGCAUACGAUUCCAGAAUGGUCCCAUGAUGAUUGCUUAAUGAUCACCAGAAAUGGUGUUUCCUGCUAAACAUCUUAUUGUAUCAAACCUCUAAAUACAGCAGAGCAGCCAGACAUUCAUUUCAACUGUCCCAGAAAAUAUUUAGUUUGGUUUAAUUAAAAAAGAAAUAGUUUUAUUUAAGUUACAAUAAUAAGAAUUCAGUCAUUAGUCAUUACUUAUUAUAUCCUCCAAGUUCCUCCAUCGACACCACCACCACCCACCCUCCCAAAAAAAAAAAGAAAGAAAACAUACAUGGCCGGUUCUCUCUACUCUUUCUGACUUUUGCUGGGAAGCUGCUGCUCAGAACGCAAACCAGCACCAAAAUAGGGAGAGCCAAAUGAUGAUAGAGGGAAGGUGAAAGGGAGAGAGAAUGAGCGAAAGAGCAAGCAUGGGGCACAUGGAACGGAUCCGUCUGCAUGAGGUGGUACAAAACCGACACCUUCCUAAGGACAAUCGUUUAAAAAAAAAAAAAAAAGAGAGAGAAAGAUGAAAAAAUUAGUAGAAUUCUGGUAAUUCUAGUUUUAAAAAAAUGCAAUUACUUUAGCUGUCGAGCACUUCAUCCACCGUGGUUGCUUAGUGACAUCAUAUAAGGCCAUCUGCUAUUAAAUCCUUUUUCUGGACAGAUUAUGGCAGUUUAACUGAGCACACCGCCACAAAGCAAGGGUCCAUUCCACCUGUUUUCUAAUGUGCUACAGGGUAUACGGUCAUAAGUACUUACUAUACAGAAAAGAAAAGUAAUGUUUAUAGAAUCUAUUUUAAAUAACAUGUAUAAUAUUAGUAGCUAGACUAUUCCUAAUUGUCAAAAAUUGAUAAGGCACUUUUAUUUGCACCUUUCUUUAAUUUAAGACUUGUAUAUUUACCUAGUGAUGUGUUGCAUGUGCAAACAGAAAUACAAGCGAAAAACCACCAACUCACAGAGGCUAUGUUGGAAGCUCCUACAGGUGUGUGUGUGUGUGUUUGUGUGUGUGUGUGUGUGAGAGAGAGCGAGAGUGCGUAAGGAGAAGAUCGAUGCUGGGUAAAGGCUGACAGAGAGGUGUGUAGUGUUACAUCAGGCUUUUGCGGCUCAGAUCUGUUUUAGCGCUUUACAGUCUGAGAAGUGAGGGCCAGGCUGAAAAUUAUCCUAGAUCAUUAUGCCAAUCAACACUGCCAAUCCACGCCUCACCAUGUCUAAACCCGGCGUGACAAAAUGGGAAGACAUGUUAGCAGGCUUGAUUUUCUCUUUUAGGUGUAAUGCCUAUUUUCAGCGCACACCAAUGUAAAGCACAAUAGUUACAUCAUUUCCUUUAAACUGUGUGGCAAGCAGGCACUGGGGUUUAGAAUAAUGAAUCAUCUUUGUGCCUCAGGUUUAGGAGCUAGUCAACAGUUCCAUCUAGUGGUGGAGCUCGUACAACAUCUCUCAGUAUCUUCACAUGCAGCUCGAGACAUGCCUGUUUAAUUCGGCCCCUAUCUGCUUCUAUAGAACAGAGAUUUGCUUUGGGUUUAGGAUUUAGUUUUGUACAGCCUCACUGUAACAGCCUUUGCCCAGUUGUACUGGUAGUAAGGAGACCGUUAAAAAAUCAGAAAAAAAAAAUAUUCAAAGCCUUGUCUGGUAGUAAAACUUCUAUUUUUCUAUUAUGUACAGUGCAUAAGCUGUUGAAAGAAGCAGAGGAAGAGAGAAAGAAAGUGAGAUUAUAAAGCACUUAUUCCUGCAAUAAUUCGAUUUGUCUGCAUCGUUGCGUUUUGUCAGAAACAAUAAUAGUGUUAGUGUGUUUCAUUUUCCUCCCCCGAAUGCGUAAACGUGUCUAAUUGUUGAGUCUAAGCCCUUCAAGCGUGCCAUAGCGGUUUCUCCUAAUGUCGAGUCCACAGACAUUCCAGAUAAAAUUAUAAUGUGAAUAUUCUAAAAAUGCACAGAAACAUCACACUGAUAUCCCUUUUACAAACACUUCUGCGAGUCAUUAUUAAUUCUGUAGGAAUAUAUAUUUCUCCCUCAAUCUUGCAUAAUGCUCCUAAUACAAUAUGUAUUUUCCUCAGGGAAGAGUUGUACUUCUAACUCUGUUUGACUCAGUUAGCAUUCUUUUUUUUUUUUUUAUGAGAUGAUGAUUGGUCCCUCCAUUGGCCCUCCAUUUGUUUUUCCUGCACCUACAUUCUCAGCAUAUACCGUAGUUAUGUUAGCUGGGACGGCAUGGCUCAUUUAACCAUAUUACAGAAAAGCACACUAAAAUUAGACCUGACAUUUAUUACCAUAGAAAAUGUGUUUCAGUAAUCGUGUAACUUUGACUCGGUGCAUGUGCAAUGGCUUUGAUCGACUGUUGCUGGCCAGAGACAUUGAAAUUACACAGAGUCAUUCAUCAGAUCUGUGACAAUCCAGCAGAAUAUUUCAAAUUGGCAGCACAUGGACUUAAAUACUAAAUGCUCAGGGAGAACUUUUAACUAAAAGUACUGGGGCAGACCAUUUUCGUAACGUAGCAACAUAACAUUUUGUGUCGUUGCUGUUAUUUGUUAGGUUGUUUUGGGAUGAUUUUUUUUUAAGAAGUACUUCUCUGGUUAAUUUGUGAGACUCAUAAUCUCAUGCUCACUUUGUUCACUUGUAACAAAUCCUCCAAUCUCGUCUCCUUUGUCAAAACAGUUCAGUGCACUCGUGUUAUGCUACCAAAAGGGUCCAACGUCGUACAAAGAAAGAGAAAAAAACAAACAAACAAUGAGCUUCAACGUCACCCCUUUUUUUUUAGUGUAACGUUCACACAUAUUGUAUGAAUCAAUGUGCCAAAUACCUCUAGUACAAUUAGCUCCACUAGCAGACUCUGCCCAUGAGCCAGGAGUGCGUCGUGUGUUACUAAUACGGGUUUUGAACAGGGUAGCCACCGCAGUGGAGUUCCCUCUGAACAAGCUUUGAUACGCAGAAGACUGUUGUAAUUCUGUACUUUUCAGUCUACUUGAUCCAUAUCGUGGUGUCCUAGUUAAUGCUAAUUACGAUGAUACCCGUUUGCACCCUUUGAGGAAAAAAAAAAAAAAAACUGUACUGAUUUAUUUUUUUUUUUUUUGUCAGUGUAGUUUGUUUUAGGUAUUAAAAGCAAUACAGGCUGUAAAGUAGAAACUUUGGACAAAUUUAUUUUUUCAAUCAAAAGUACUAAACCAUCUCUGGAUUUGUGCUAUUGACAUGUCGAUGUACAGAUAAAUACUUUGGCUUGUGAAAGAUCCAGUCGCACAUCAGAAGUUUCCAUGUCAUGUGUUCCGUGUGUGAAUUCCGUGUUUGAGGUCUUUCUACCCUCUUUGUUUAUUUUGUAAGAAGCAAUAUGAGUGAGUGUGUGUGUGUGUGUGUGUGUGUGUGUGUGUGUGUGUGUGUGUGUGUGUGUGUGUGUGUGUGUGUGUGGGUGGGUGCGUAAGUCGAACCCCAGACAAGGCUUUAAUAAAGUAGAUAAGGAGCAGCAGGGUCAGCUGGUGAAGUAAAUGGUAUAUGGAAAUCUUAGUUUUCCCAGGUUUUUACACUUUUAGUAGCAAGUUUAAACUCAUCCAUCAGGCUGGACAGGCAUGACACAGUGCACGGCCCUGAUCUUAUUUAAAAAAAUUCCUUUACACCUACAUUAUGCAAUCCUGCCACUGACGGGCCUAUGCAGUUGCAAAAAAAACGCCGAACCAGUUUACACUGUACCAUCGUAAUAACUCCGUCAGUCUUUCUUAGCGAGGGGCUUAGACUGCCAGAAGCCAUUUGAAUAAUAUUCACCAUGUUAAUACAUGGAAUUAAUGUGUGAUGUCAUGCUUGUGAUGCCAUUUUUUAUUUGAAAGUGUUAAGAUGUAUAGAUUACUGAUCAUUUUCAUUCAUUUUUUUCUAUGUGACCUUUAAUCCCGAAAGCACAGCUAAUACAGUGAGAUAUGUUUUAGAAUAUAGAGCAAAAGACAAAAAAAAAACCUUUAGCCAUAAUCGAAUGUCAAGCAAUAAUAUAUAUGGUAUAUUAUUAUUAUUAUUAUUAUUAUUCAUCUUUGUGCAUAGGCUUUGAACACCUGCAUGUAAAUACACCUCUUAUUUAUCACUUUAUUGUUGUUUUUGUUUGUUUAGUUUUUUUUCCCCUCUCUCUGAUUAUUUCUGUUUGUAUAUUUGACUAGUUCUGUUCCCAGGUGGAGAACUAAGAACUUCAUAAGGCCUGUAAACUGUACAGCUCGAAUUUCCCUCUCUUUCUCUCUCCCCCUCAGCUUUCUGCUUUUAAUUCACUAUAUUUAAUGUUAUUAUUGAUCACAUGUAUAAAAGUAACUUUGUAACAUCUGUCUGUAUAGGUUAAAAAAAAAAAAAAAAGAAGAA